CAGGUACCCAUCGCCGGGUACCUGUAGCAGUCCACUUGAUUGAAUAAGCCCCUUCGCACGGCUGAUUCUCCAAGCCAGUUCGCCGCUCGCAGCCCCCUUCGAUUUUCCAAGCCAGUUCGCGGCUCGCCGUUUGCCAUUCGCCGUUCGCCGUCGCCCCUUCGAACAACUGGGACUCCCUUCGACGUUGCCCCUUCUCCUUCGCCAUCGCCCCUUCGAACGACUGAGAAGAGCACUGCCUCGUCGUCUCGCCUUCGCUGUCGCCCCUUCUACUUCGGCCCGAAACUCCCUUUGCCUUCGUCGUCUCUGCUACCUUCAACAUUGCUGUAGUCCGCCAUCAACAAGGCGGAUUCUCGGUUGAUUUCUUCGAUUGGCUUGAUCUUGGCCGAGGGAAAGUCUUAGGCUGCUUAAGCAACCUAGAUGUACCAGAGACUCCAUGGGUUUAGAAAUUGAUACUCUCAAGGAGAGGUUAGCAUCCAUGCUUGGUCAGCUCCAAACAGAGUGUGGCAUUCUUGAACGAAUGGCAUACAAGAACAAGAACCAGCAUCGCCGUUGUUCGUAUUUCCAGUAUAUUUUGAAGGUUAGGAGGGAUCUAAGGCUUCUGAAAUCAACUAAAUUGGAGGAGUUAGUAGAUUCUUGCUUUUUGGUUAUCACUGGAAAGAGACCUAAACAAAAGGUGCACCUUUUAGAAAGUUUAAAGAGGAGAAAAUGUGAUGGUGGAAAACAUAAUUUCAUGGAGCGACUUCUGGGAGCUGCACGACUACUCUCACUGAUUGUUGAGCCAAUGUUGAUGGCAGCUGCUGAGAUAUCUAUCUUGCUUGCUCGAUCCUUUUUCACGGGAUUUUCUAUGACCAUGUUGGCUCUGCUCGCACGCCUUCGAGUUUUGGUUCAGCAAAUACUACAUGAUGUAGUUUCAAUAUUCAACAUGGUUUCUUCUAUCUCCCAGAAGAAGCAAUCUGUAAAGAUAAACCAGGAAGGAAUUGAGGUCUUCAGGGAGUUUUAUCCUACCAAUGAGGAAGUUGUUACCUUAGAGUGUGUAUGGAAAUCAGAUAAGUUUGUAUUACUUGAGAGGAUGUGUAAGAGCAAUACUGGAAGCCCAGAUGAGGAUCUUACAGAAGAUGCAUCUCUGGGAGCAUCAGCUGUAAAGUAUCAAAGUGUUGAGUCUUUUCUUGGAGGUGAUGAACUUGUUCCCAAGAAGGUGGAUUCAGACCAAAUGGGUGAAAAAGGUCCAUCUCAGGCGGUGAGGACUGAUUUGCUCGCAAGCCCUCCCAUGGAGAGUGACAAUAGGAAGGCAGUUGAAGAUUGUAGGGAAGUCGGAAAUGGUUCAGGAACUGCAGCUACACCUUGCAAGAAACUCCUGCAGGAAGUGAGUAUGCUCACAGCCUCAAAGCGCUCUCCAAGUUCAAACACUUCGAUACUCAAAUCCGGGUCAAGAAAAGUAGCAUUCGUCUCUGUGAAAAAUCCUCCAGCAUUAACGGCUAAUGUGAAAAAUCUGCCAGUACCUGGCUUUAAAGGUGAGGACAACGCAGAUCCAUUUUUCAGCUUGCUCAUUGAUGGAAAUGUGAAGGAUAGUCUCCUCUAGUUACUAAUCCUUUGAAUAUGAUUUUUUUUUUCUUUUUAAUGAUAGUCUCGUCGAUAAUAUAAUUUUCAUAUAAUUCUUCGAC